CAUAAUCCUUUUAAAAAAAUAAUUCAGCCGAGUUCUCUUUUGGGUGAUAUUUCUCGUGGUGUUCAAUUAUGUUCACUUUCGCUGCCUUCUGCUAUAUGCUGUCGCUGGUCCUCUGUGCUUCUCUGAUCUUCUUUGCGAUAUGGCAUAUAACAGCCUUUGAUGAGCUGCAGGCAGACUUUAAGGUCCCCAUCGAUCAGGGCAAUCCACUCCAUGCGAGAGAGCGACUCCGGAACAUUGAGAGAAUCUGCUGCCUGCUGCGAAAGUUGGUGCUUCCAGAAUAUUCUAUCCAUGGGCUGUUCUGUAUCAUGUUCCUGUGUGCCCAGGAGUGGCUGACAGUAGGCCUCAACAUCCCCCUCCUCUUCUACAACACAUGGAGGUACUUCCACAGCCCCACAGACACUAAGGAGCUCCUCUACGACCCAGCCUCGGUCAUGAACGGGGACACGCUCAAGUUCUGCCAAAAAGAGGCCUGGUGCAAGAUGUCCUUCUUCGUCCUCUCCUUCUUCUACUAUCUCUACUGUAUGGUCUACUCCUUGGUAACCUCAUAACAGCAGAACUCUCUGUAUUUGAGCCAUCCUCCGGAUAUCAGAGACUGAUUUCUGGAAUAUGAGUUAGCUAGCGCAAACAACAACUUUGGAGCAAAAAAGAGCACUUUGUGUCACAGCUUUUCUGUUUCAUGAGAAGAAGGACAGUUGUUGAGUCUGGGCUGUGCUGGUCUGGUCUGGGGGGAAAGGAAGGGUUUCAGCACCAGUCCCCAUCAUCUCCUCAUGUAACGAGACCUUACAGUACUGUUUACAGUGCUCUGUAGGUCAACAGCCCAUGAUGAGUCACAGCGACCACCAUAUCUACUUUUGUCUGUCACUGCCUGGCCAAUGUUUGUACUCACAGCCUGUCCUGGAGAAGUACAGUAGCACCACCACUACCAUAGUAGGACACAGUAGUUUUUUUGUUUUUUUGUUAGGGGGUGGAUCCACUUUAAUAUUGCAGAUAGAUUGUGGCUUUAAUCAAUGUAAUUGUCUGCGUCGUUGCCAAUAUCUCAUAUAUUUUUGGGGGAUAAUAUGUAUUUUUGGGGGUUAAUAUUUAUACAGUUCCAGUCAAACGUUGGGACACACCUACUCAUUCCUGGGUAUUUAUUUAUUUGUACAAUGUUCUGCAUUGUAUCAUAAUAGUGAAGACAUCAAAACUAUGAAAUAACACAUAUAGAGUCAUGUAGUAAACAAAAAUGUGUUCAUCAAAAUAGCUACCCUUUGCCUUGAUGACAAAUUUGCACACUCUUGACAUUCUCUCAACCAGCUUCAUGUGGUAGUCAUCUGGAAUGCAUUUCAAUUAACAGGUGUGGAAAGAACUGAAAACUGCUGUUCACAAAUGCUCUCCAUCCAACCUCACUGAGCUCGAGCUGUUUUGCAAGGAGGAAUGGGAAAAAAAUUCAGUCUCUCGAUGUGCAAAACUGAUAGAGACAUACCCCAAGCGACUUACAGCUGUAAUCGCAGCAAAAGGUGGUGCUACAAAGU